AUGUCUGAAAAGCACGACGCUUUUCGUUACAAUAUCACGGGCUUCAUUGGAAAUAUUGUUUCGGACAAGGAUAUGACGCGCGAAAUCAUGUCGGCUGAUUUAAUGUUGAUGCUUAUGGCGUCGAUCAAUUCCGUCGAAGACCAUGAGAUUUCCGUUGAAAAUGAAAAAAUGGAUGGGUUUACGAAUGGACUCGAAGUAAUGUCCACGAUUCUGGCUCAUGAAGACAUCGAGCUUCCCAAUUUUAUAGAACGAUCGGAGCUUGAGAAUAAAUUCUGCUUCCUGAUCGAACUCCUUCCGGAGAGCCUACCAGCUCGUAUGAGCUACAGGACAUUCAAAGACCUCCUCAAACUCAUUGAAAAUGGAUCAAAGCCGAUUCGAUGGUUCUUUUGUUGGCGAUGGUCUCAGCUUACCCACCCAUUUGAAGAAGAAUUUUCUGCGAAAUCCGUCGACAAAUAUUGUAAGCAGUUUGUGGAUGAAGGAAUUGACAAGAUCUUGGAGGAAAACCUCAGAACUGAGGAUGAAAGGAGCUAUAUUUGGACUAAAUCGAAGCUUUUGCUGGAAAGAAUUGCUGAAAAUAGUCUCCUGGCCUGA